AUAUAUUAAUAUUCCGAGGGUUAGGGUUAGGCCCAUUAAAGAACCAAAAAAAAGCGGCCCGCCUAGCCGAGUGGCCGUGGCGGAACAGGAAAAUAUUGAGACGGUGCAUGAGCCGAAGCCCAUACAAACCGCAGGCCCACUCUGAAUGGACAGGGUCGCCGUGCUAUGGAGUGUUCCCACGGCCCAAAAGCCCAGGUCCGUGAAGGAGCUUAUGCCAUCAAGGUAAGUAUGCUGAACCAGUUGUUGUGCGUUGGAUUUUAUACGAUUCGAAGCGCACGGACCAGAAGUUUUGCACGUGGAUGUCACGUGCCAACAACCUCCGAUGUUCUUGGAUUUUGGACGAGUCUAAUUUGUACUUCCUGGGCUCGGGUGUUCAGGAAUGAAUGAUGUCCUUUCGCAUUGAAGAGUCCAAAAGUGAUCAGUCUUGCGGUCCUUGGUCUUCGAGCGCCUUCGGAAGAUCCUUUGUAGCCGGCUCCGGUAGCACAUAUGAAUCGUGAGUCACUUUUGAGGUUUCUCAUUGGAGAACCUCUUCGGUGACUCAGCUGGGAGAAGCUGGGUUAAUCAGCGUCUCUGUAUGCGCACGCCCGUUGCCGACGAAGAAUCUCUACCUAUCUGUCCUAGAAACCGAUGAUCUGUUGACGCCACUUCCGAGUCGCGCGCUGGGAUGAGAACCAGAUAAGUAUAAAAAGGGUGCGCUCCUCUUCUCCCCUCUUCUAUACUCACAUCUUACGCCAUCCAACGGAAUGUCUUUCUGGGCUCCUCCUCCUCAGCCUCCCACCAAGCUCGGCGUCUACCGCACCCUCUCUGCGAAAGCCGGUGUUCAUGUAUCGCCGCUGCAGCUCGGCGCGAUGAGCAUCGGUGACCAGUGGGAGAAGAUGGGCAUGGGCUCCAUGGACAAGGAAUCCAGUUUCAAGCUUCUUGACGCGUAUUUCGACGCAGGCGGAAAUUUUAUCGACACUGCGAACAACUACCAGGAUGAAACUUCUGAGCAGUUCAUUGGUGAAUGGUCGGAGAAACGCGAUAUCCGAGACCAGCUGGUCAUUGCUACCAAGUUUACGACUGGGUUCAAAGCACGGCAAGACAAGUAUGCCCAAAAGGUCAACUACGUCGGCAACAACAUCAAGUCCAUGAACAUCAGCGUCGAUGCCAGUCUCAAGAAGCUGCGCACGCACUACAUCGACAUCCUGUACCUGCACUGGUGGGAUUGGGACACCAGCGUCGAGGAGGUCAUGGACGGACUGCACAAUCUCGUGGUGCAGGGCAAGGUCCUGUACCUCGGCGUUUCGGACACUCCCGCUUGGAUCGUCGCGCAGGCCAACCAGUACGCUCGCGAUCACGGAAAGUCGCCGUUCGUUAUCUACCAGGGCGCGUGGAACGUGAUGGCCCGCUCGUUUGAACGCGAGAUUAUUCCCAUGGCUCGUGCAUACGGAAUGGCUCUCGCUCCCUGGAACGUGCUGGCUGCGGGCAAGUUGCGCACCGAUGCCGAGGAAGAAGCUCGCCGCACUUCGGGAGAAAAGGGUCGCGUGAUCUUCAGGCCCGAGUGGGAGAGGAACGAAGAUGAGAAAAAGAUGUCUGCUGCUUUGGAGAAGGUGGCUGGUGAAGUCGGGGCCAAGCACAUCACUUCCAUCGCAAUCGCCUACUUGAUGCAAAAAACGCCAUAUGUCUUCCCUAUCAUCGGUGGCCGUAAAGUCGAGCACCUCAUAGCUAAUAUCGAGGCUCUCGACGUGGUCUUAUCCCCAGAGCAGGUCAGCUAUCUCGAAGGCAUCCUUCCAUUCGACCCUGGCUUCCCCAGCAUCAUGAUUGUACAUUCCUCCGCGGUUCUGCGCACGCAUCCUGAUUCCUCCCCAAGUAACAUCGUUCAACGCUUCCUUCAGCGCCGAGCACUCUCAGGCCUUCGACUACUCACAAAAGUGCGCAACAUGAGCAUGUCUUUCCACAACGCUAUCGCCGGUCCCAGCUCACGCACACCGAACGCCCAGGGAGACGACGUCAAAAAAGACUCCAAGAAGCGCAAAGAGUCGUCUGGGAAACUGGGGAAGGACAUACACGAGCGCAGGGACGAGUACGUUUCGGUCCUUGGCCAUCUCACCCUCGUCCUGAUUCCGCGGAAAUCACUCACCCUCCCACACAGCGGACGGACGCACCACGAAAACAUCGCGCAACUGCAACGUAUGUCGGCUCUGCUCGCGACGCGCCCGGACGCCGUGCCCAUGUACGACGUGCGGCUGUUCCCGUUGUCGCUCGAGCGGUCGUCGCUGCUGGUGCAGCUCGAGCUUGAGGAAAAGAACGCGAUGGAGAAUGCGCACCGCGCGUACGACGAGGAGCGGCAGCGCGUGGAAGAGGAGUGGCAGCGCGGGCACGAUAAGGUGCGCCAGCGCCUGCUGGACGGGAUCGAGGAGCGCCGCCGGCGCGCGCGGGACGAGAAGGAGGGGGAGGGCACUGCCGGAGAUGCGUCUAUGGAGCAAACGCGUCCGCACAUCACCCGCAAGCUGCGCAACAAGAUAGGCACGUCCCCACCCCCCACCCCGCUCGGCGCCGCCCCCGGCUCGGCCUUGGCCAACAGCGCCGGCGUCCCCGCGGAGCCGCUCGUCAACGCGUCGGGCAUCAGCGCUCUCCCCAUCACAUCCGGGCCAUUCCUGAACCCCCAUUCACUCUCGGUCGACGAGAUCCCGUCGCCGUUCCCCCUUCCCCUGACGUCCACGUCAGCACCCGCUUCUGCAGCGGUACCGACUACUGGCCCGAAUGGCCGGAAGAAGCCGAAGGGCGGAGGAAACCACGCCAAUGCUUCUGUCGGGGGCCUGGGGAAGAGCCUCCUCGCGCUGACGGGGAGCAAGGAUGCCGAAGUGGAGGCUGAUCUGAUGGAGAUUCGUCGGGCAAACAAGCGUCGUCGGGCCUUAUUGGGAAAAUAUUUCUUCCGCUCCGCUUCCCAUUUCUGGAUCCAUCGAGACAUCUUCCCCCGCGACGACUCGCUGCCAACAUUGACUGUGGCGAUCAUCCGGCUCCAAGAGACGGAGAGGGCGAAGCAGGUGAGCUCGAAGAAGGACGAAUGUUCCGAAUAGGGAACGGGAAACAGUUGUAGAGCAUCGCCACCCGGUGUUCGAGCACUGCGAGCCGGCCGCAGAUUCUCGUGUGAAAACGAUUUUGC